GUCAACAGAGAUCACGCCCAACAAUUCAUGGUGGCAUUCAAGUCCCCUGAAUCCACCCAACACGACCAGACCACCAGGAAGACUGAUGUCUGGAGCCUGGGAAUCCUGAUUCUGGAGCUCCUAAUGGGGAAGGCUCCGGAAAACUAUCUGAGGCAAGGAAAGGGUGCUAAUGUGGAUUUAGCAACUUGGGUGAACUUGGUUGUGAGGGAAGAGUGGACAGGGGAGGUGUUUGAUAAGGAUAUGAGGGAAUGGAAGAGAAGUGAGGGUGAGAUGCUGAAGCUGUUGAAGAUUGGGAUGUGUUGCUGUGAAUGGAAUGUGGAGAAGAGGUCGGAACUGAAAAUGCCGUUGGAGAAGCUUGAAGAGUUGAAGGAGAGGGGCAGUUCUGAUGAUAGCAUUGAAGAUUACUCAUAUGGGAGCGAAAGGGAGUUAUACUCAUCCACAGCAAUGACAAAAGACAUGUUUUCUUUCUCUGUAAAUGGUUGAUCUGAUCCAUACUGCAAUGAGGAAACUUCAACAGUAGCAAUGGAGAUUGAUGUAUUGAGGUGGAAAAAGCUUCUUCCUUUAAUUUUGUUUUCUUGCUGUGUUAUUUUCUGAAUUAUGUGGAUUGCAAAUCUAUGUAUAAUAUGGGGAAGACUUGGAUCAGAUCAAACUUUUCCUGGUACAGGAUUCUGCUGUUUUUUAAUCAUAUGUGUUCAAUGUAAUUCAAUUCAGACAUGUUCAAAUAAAUGGGAAAGAAAUCAAACAUUACAUUUAUCCAAUGCUUGAUCAUCCAUUGUUGUUAAUCUUUGACUUCAAUUUUCGAACUCAAGUCAUUUGGAGCUAUAUGUUAAAUUUUUAUGUAAUUGUUAUCUAAAGUGACAUCUUAUAGAUAGCUGACAAAUGAAGGAAAAUGGGGAGCUGAUUUAGCUAAGAGAAUCCAAUUCCCAGGACAUGGUACAUACUUUAGUGGACAUGCUUGAAUCUUGAUGUGUGAUGUUGUGAUCAGCCCUUAUUCAGCUUCCAAUUUGUGGCUUCUUGGAAUUUGCCCUUCACUGUCAACUUUAAGGUGCUGCUGUGCUGCUUCUUGUUUUUAUCUUCUGCGUUCUGUAUUUCGGAAUUACUCACUGUUUCUUGAUAGUUACUGGGUUAAUCAGGAUUCAUAUUUCAAUGAUUUUUCAUAGCUUAGAAAUUUGGUAUCCGAUUCAUUUCAAUAGACAAGUGCUACUUUUGUUGUAACGGUUUUCGGGUCAAAUGCUCCUUCUCUUACAUUACACUUGGAUGGAUCACCCCUAUCCUUUCCGAAUCCCAUGUUUCUGUUUUACUUUUGCAAAGAGCACCUUCA